AUGUUAAGAAAACAAGCUCGUGAACGUCGUGAGUAUCUUUUCCGUAAAGCCCAGCAGUUGCGUGAGCAAAACACGAUAUCCAAAAGACAGCAACUGGCAGCAUCGUUAGCAACAGGCAAGCCAUUACCCAAAGAAAUUGCAGAGGAUAACCAACUUCAAAAGGAUUUCCUUUAUGAUGAAAGCACACAAGCAGCUAACGUAGAGCUAGACGAUGAAUACAGUGCAUUAUCCGGGUUGGUUGAGCCUAGAAUCGUCAUUACAACAUCAAGAAAUCCAUCGACUAGAUUGUCACAAUUUACAAAAGAAAUCAAACUCCUCUUCCCAAAUGCGGUUCGACUAAAUAGAGGUAACUAUAUAAUGCCAACGUUGGUCGAUACUUGUAAGAAACAGGGUGUCACGGAUAUCAUUGUCAUACAUGAACAUAGAGGUGUACCAACAACUCUUACAAUAACACAUUUACCGCAUGGCCCAACAGUCACAUUCACAUUACAUAAUGUUGUGUUAAGGCAUGAUUUGUUGAAUGUGACCAACCAAAGUGAGGUCUAUCCGCAUUUAAUAUUUGAAAACUUCAACUCCAACCUAGGUAAGAGAUGCUCGACGAUCCUAAAACAUCUAUUCCCGCCUGGUGUUAAGGUUGAUUCACCAAGAGUAAUAAGCUUCAUCAACCGUGAUGACUUCAUCAGUGUUCGACAACAUGUUUACGCUAAGACUAGAGAUGGUGUUGAAUUGAGUGAAGUUGGGCCUAGGUUUGAAAUGAGAAUGUUUGAAAUCAGGUUGGGUACAAUGGAUGAUAAGGAUGCUGAUGUUGAAUGGAUGCUAAGAAGGUUUGUUAGAACAGGUAAUAGAAAAAACUAUUUGAGUGCUGAAUAA